AUGCACUUCUCUAUCGCUACCACCGUUGCUUUCGCGAGCGCUGUCCUCGCCCAAAAGUUGCCCACUCCAGGGUUCGAUGCUAUUAGCCGCCCGACCAAGGGGGAGAAGAUACCUGCUGGCUCCUCGUACAAGAUAGUAUGGGAGCCGAGCACAGUUCACACAGGUCCCAUCGCCAUUGACCUCCUUGGCGGCCCUACUCCCGGGCUCUUGAAUGUCGUCAAUAGCAUCGCAGCUGGUGUCGACCAGACCGCGGGAACCUUCUCGUGGGCUGUUGGCAAGGAGCUUGGAGCGUUGGCGACGUAUGGUAUUCAGAUCAGCCUAGAGAGCAAUACUUCCAUCUUCCAAUGGGGUAAUCCGUUCGAAAUCACUGGCGGUGUGAUCGGGACAACCUCCACGACUUCGGCUGGGUCGACUGCUUCUACUACUACUACGACAUCGAAAUCGACAUCGUUGUCGUCAGCCUCUACUACCGCCCUAGCUACGACUGACAGUACUACCGUUACAACGCCUCCUUCGUCGACUCUCCUCACCACCAGCUCGGCGCCCCCGAGCAACCUGUCCACUACCCGCACGACCGCCACCAACGUCUUGACCACGGGCGGCUCUACCAAGACGUCGUCGACCUCCGCCCCGACUAAUACAAGCGGUGCAACAUCGUUCUUUGUCAGCUCGCUUGCCUUGUUCGGCGGUCUGUCCUUGGCCAUCUUUUCAUUGUAA